UCGGCAUAAGAAGCCGUCUGAAGUUGCAUGCAAAGAGAAUCCGCACGCAAAUCCUAUUAAAAGUUGAAACUAUGUGACUAGAGACUAAAAUCAUGCAGUGAUCACACUUUAACACCAACGGUUUUGUUGGCUACAGAAUUACACUGUUGCAACCUUUGCAACAAUGUUGCAAGAAAGAAGUAACAGCGAGGAUGACACCUCCGAAGAGUUCGUUUGUGUGGCAGAUUUUUCUGCUAAUGGUGGUAAUCAGUUAAGUUUUUCUGCUGGCGAUAAAUUGAUGGUGCACGAAAGGAUAUCAUCGGACUGGUGGUGGGCAGAGUUGCGAGGAAGUUUUGGAUAUGUUCCCUCCAGCUACCUGCAACCAGAGAAUGGACACGCAGUAGAAAACGAGGAGGAGGACGCUUGGCAGGAUGAAGAAUACUUUGGAAGCUAUGGAACACUGAAACUUCAUCUGGAGAUGUUGGCGGAUAAGCCACGCACAGAGACAUACAGGCAAGUCAUCCUCCGCAACCGUGAAGCUCUGAAGGGGAGAGUGGUCCUGGACCUGGGCUGUGGCACGGGGGUCAUCAGCCUUUUCUGCGCCACUCUAGCAGAACCUGAAGCGGUCUAUGCAGUGGAGGCAAGCGCCAUGGCAGAACACACGAAAACGCUGGUCAAAGACAACGGCUGUGAAGGCGUGGUCCGUGUUUUCCGAGGCCGUGUGGAGGAACUGGAGCUCCCAGAGAGAGUGGAUGUGCUGGUCUCUGAGUGGAUGGGAAACUGCCUCUUGUUUGAGUACAUGGUAGAGUCAGUGCUGCACGCUCGAGACCGUUGGCUGAAGGAGGGGGGAGUGAUGUGGCCCACGCGAGCCACCAUCACCAUGGUACCCUGUGAGGCCACCGACUACUUCAACGAGAAAGUGGGAUUCUGGGACAACCCCUACGGUCUGGACUUCUCUUGCCUCAAACCUUUAGCAAGACAGGAGUUCUUCUCCAGGCCCAAGUUUAGCUACGAUCUUCAACCUCAGGAUUGCCUUUGUGCGCCAAGCGAUGUCAUAACACUAAACAUGCACACGCUCCAAGUGUCUGACCUAGAGCGACUACAGGGGGAGUUUUCCUUCAGCGUUGAGAAAGCUGGAUUUUUCCAUGGUUUCACAGCCUGGUUUAGUGUGGGGUUCUAUGGUGUAGAAGGGAAUGGUGCAGUCUUGACCCUAGAUACCGGGCCUCACUCUGCGCCCACUCACUGGAAGCAGACGCUGUUCAUGCUGGACACGGCCGUCACAGUGCGCCCUGGAGACCUCGUCCGGGGCUCCGUUGUCUUCAUCAGGAAUCCUGUAUGGAGGCGCCAUUUGACCAUCACCUUUCAGUGGAGCAUCAGCAGCAGCAGCAGCAGCAGCAGCAGCAGCAGCAGCGACGACGACUCCACCCAAAGCCAGGUCCAAACGAAGACUUUUCCAAUGUGGAGAUAAACAUCACCAGGCUAAAAGAAAGAAAGAAAGAAAGACCAACUGGGAACCUCAGUUCCCAUUGUUAUUGUGACACAACACUACACAGCACACACAAACAAGUGAACACUGCACACAAUGAAACUGCAUUUAUGCCUCACCCAUGCAAGGGGGCAGCCCCCAAUGACCCCCGAAAGGGAGCAGUGCGGCAGGACGGUACCAUGCUCAGGGUACCUUAGUCAUGGAGUAGGAUGGGGGAGAGCACUGGUUAAUUACUCCCCCCACCAACCUGGCAGGUCGGGAGUCGAACUGGCACCCUUUGAGCUGCAAGUCUGACGCCCUAACCGCUUACCCAAGACAAACACACUGAAAACGGUUGGGAUUACAUUAAAGGUACACUGAAAUAACAUUCUACAGUAUUAUAACAUUUUCUGCAAGUGCCAUUAUCUUCUCUGUCAUUAUGAACUGUUGGUAACACAAUUUUGUAACAUGUUUUUGAAGGUGUCAAUAAAUGACUAGUAUUUUA